CUCCCGACGUGGUGGUGUGAUUCCGGAUGAGCAACACCGCAUGUUUGAGGUUUUGUCUUUCAGCUCGGAUCCGGCCAAUCAGAGCUUAUUCGUGUUUGGGAUUCGAAAAGUGGGUGGUACGUCACAAACCGUGCACCUACAAAGUGACUUACAAGGUAGGAGUACUUACUAACUGGGAAACUGGGUAGCAAAGUGCCAAUAUUAACCUGUUUAUUUAAAAAAAUAUUAAUAAUUUAGCAUUUCUGUUAUCCCAGUAACUUUCCUAGAAGAAAGAGGGACGGAUAUUUUUGGGGUUCUAAUUAGCUUAAACAACAGGUUUUUUUUUAUUUUUUUAAAUCCUUUUUUCUUUUUUUUUUUCAAUCGUGUAUGUUAAGAAGAUAUAAAUGGGAUACAGUGGGAUGUUUUGGGGAUAUAUAUCGGAGGAAAAAACGUUAACGUUAGGAUAUUUUAGUGAGUUUAAAAUAAAACAAGUAGCAUCAGUAGGCAUUAUUGUAACAUACAGUGCCCUCCACUAAUAUGAGCAAAGAAGGCUGUGAAAAUUUUGUCUUCAUUGUUUAACCUUUUGAUAUUUUGUUCUCAUGGAAAUCAAACAAUUGCAAACACAACACAGGUUUGUACAAAAAAAUAUAUAUAUCUUGUACAAUAAUUAUUGGCACCCUUAUAGUCAGUACUUUGUGCUACCUCGCUUUGCCGAGAUAACAGCUCGGAGUCUUCUCCUAUAACGCCUGAUGAGGUUGGAGAACACAUGGCGAGGGAUCUGAGACGGUUCCUCCGUACAGAAUCUCUCCAGAUCCUUCACAUUUCGAGGUCCACGCUGGUGGACUCUCCUCUUCAGUUCACCCCACAGGUUCUCUAUGGGGUUCAGGUCAGGGGACUGGGAUGGUCAUGGCAGGACCUUGAUUUUGUGGUCAGUAAACCAUUUCUGUGUUGAUUUUGAUGAUGUUUUGGAUCAUUGUCCUGCUGGAAGAUCCGACCACAGCCCGUUUGAAGCUUUUUGGCAGAGGCAGUCAGGUUUUCAUUUAAUAUCUGUUGAUAUUUGCUAGAGUCCAUGAUGCCAUGUAUCCUAACAAAAUGUCCAGGUCCUCUGCAGAAAAACAGCCCCAAAACAUUAAAGAUCCAUCUCCAUAUUUAACCGUGGGCAUGAGGUACUUUUGCAUAUGGCUACCGCUCUGUGUGACCAAAACCACCUCUGUGUUUAUUACCAAAAAGCUCUAUUCUGGUUUCAUCUGACCAUAGAACCCGAUCCCAUUUGAAGUUCCAGUAGUGUCUGCACACUGAAGACGCUCGAGUUUGUUUUUGGAUGAGAGCAGAGGCUUUUUUCCUGAAACCCUGAAACAGGAAGUCAUAGUUGAACAAUUUCCUGUUCCUAGUCACCCAGGUGUACUAAAAAUGUUUUAAAUAUCAUUGGGAAUAUAUUUCAAAUAUAUUUUCGCGUAUGAAUUCAUAGGGGUGCCAAUAAUUGUUACACAGCUAUAUUUAACAAAGAUUUUAUUAAUCAGUUGAGGUAGCCACUCAACUGACUUUGCUUUGGAAAUCGCUAUGUUGGACCUCCGAGCAAACCUGGCAGUGAUGGGUCUCCAAACCUGUGAGACAGAGCAAUAACAUGAUUCCGUGAGAGGCUCCAGAUCCACACCCAAGGACCAUUUGGGCCAUAAAACAAGAGAUCCUGUCGAGAUGGCACCAACAUAGUUUAACUUUAAGGUCGCAAAGGGGCAGAGAAAGAGCAGAAUCCCCUUGGAAUGAGACCUUUUGAACUCCCUUGUGGAAACAGGACUAAUACAAAUGCAUCUCAAAAAACACAGAGACUCGUUUCCGAUAUUUUCCGAUUUUUAAAAUAAUGAAUUUGGACGUUCUCCUCCGGGUACUCCGGUUUCUUCCCCAGUCCAAAGACACGAGUUGUAGGCUGAUUGGGAUUUCCGAAUUGUCCGUAGUGUGUGAAUGGGUGUGUGUGUGUGUGUGUGCGCGCGCGAUUGUGCCCUGCGAUGGGUUGGCACCCUGUCCAGUGUGUCCCUUGCCAUGUGCCCUGAGUUCCCUGGGAUAAGCUCCAGGCUCCUUGUGUCGAUUCCACCGUUUCAACACUGUAAAAUGAUGUUGGUAAAUUAAGAGCGUCUCUUCUAACUUCUAGUAAGGAUUCUAUUUAUAUGGCUAUUUACACUAGCGGAACUGCUAAAUGAUUUGGGUGAUUGGAAUAUACUGUACUAUCAUCUUACCCCCUCACCUUUUUAAUAGUUAUUAUUAUUGUUAUUAUUAUUAUUGUUGUUAUUAUUAUUUUCAGGAAAAAAAGAAGUGAUAUUAACUUUGUUCAUGUUUAAGUCUGCCUUUUUUCCCCGCUACAGUUUGAUAUGCACAUGCCUGUUUGUACAUGUUCAGUAUAUAUCAUAAUAAACGAAUUCUAAAGAGAGGCGGAAGACACGCAGGUUUCUGAUUGGCUGUGCGCUUUUGGUGGGGGGCGGGGGGGCGGGACGCAGUUUCAUAGGCUGAGCGGUCUGUCAGUCUUUGUUCCGCAGGUAGAGGAAGUGUUACAUCAUCAAAUGCAUCUACAGGCCGAAAUUUAAAGCAGAUCGUUGGCUCAGAGCGAACUCCGAACAGAAGAUGACUCAGAUGGACCUCCUGGUCAGCAACGUGGCCGAGCUUUUGGCUACGGCCGUGCACGAGGUCCUGCGUCUGAUGGGUCAGGCCGUGUCCGAGUACCGCGACGAGUCGGCCAGGAUUCGGCAGGAGAACCAGAAACUGCAGCGCACGCUCCAGGAGCUCCAGAACAGGCUCCAGAUAUCAGACGCAGUGCAGCAGGUCUCGUCGUCCGUAGCCGCGGAAGAGCCGCUCUACGAGUCCCACCGUGCGCGAGUGCCGGACUGUCAUUCCGAACGAGAGCCGGUCGAGACGGAAGAGAACGAGGAAGCGGAUUCCUACAAGCCGUCCCUCGAGGAGGAGAAACCGAGCGCGCUGCACCUGAGAGCGGAGACGCGAGAACCGGACGACGCGUGCGACUUCUCUCAUAAAAGGAGGAGGAGCCUCUCGAGCUCGAGGAGCCGAUCGGCUUCACCCGAAGCGCCGGGAGUCUUAAACGCCAUCAAAACGGAAUCGACGUCCGACUUUCCCGAGCGUUCCCUAUCGGAUCAGACCGAAAACGCGAACACCGACGCGCACCUCCGCCUUCCCUAUUAUCUGGUCCACGUUAAUCCCGCCCACGUCACCUGGGACGCGUCCGUUCCGCCGCGCGCAGAGAACGCGGCGGACGCCGGCGGUCCGUUCGGCGUCGCCGUGCGGCGAGAGAACUCGCACGCCUGUCACGUGUGCGGAAAGUCGUUUGCGACGGCCUCCAGCCUGGGCGCGCACUUCGUCUGCCACUCGGGCGAAAGACCGUUCGCCUGCGAGCGCUGCAAGUUCAGGUUCAGCCGUUUAGCCGAUCUGAAGAAACACGAGCGCAUCCACACGGGGGAGAAGCCGUACAACUGCGCGCUCUGCGGGAGGAGGUUUAACCGCACAGAGAACCUCCGACGCCACCUGAGGAAAGUCCACCACGGAGCUCUGCUUUAGCCGCCCGAGCUUACUGACUGAUUCAUACACACCGCAACCAUAACAACACUACCACCGAGUCCUAGCUCCUACAGGCUACCUCCCCAGGUCCAUUAUUAUUAGUAGUAGUAUUAAUAAUACUUUUUUUUUUUUUUUUUUUUUUUGAUUUAGUGCUAGAAAAUGAAGAGUCGUGCUUGUGAGACUCGUCGAGGACGUUGGCAUUGAAGUCUCUCAAACUCCUUAUAUACAACCUUUCAGCCAGCGCUCCGUGUUGGACUCCAUAUUGUUCCCCCACUCGGUUUGUCCUCCACAGCUCUCUCUCCCACACCGACCGCAGUCUAACUGAUUUCAACUCUCCACCCGUUCAGUUAAACUGUUACGCUCCUUCCUGCACGGUGUUGGUUAUAGAGUAUACGCUCAUAUAGAGUCUCUUUUUUUGUAGAUUUUAGUUUUACAGUCUUCUGGAGGAAAAAAAACAAAAAUUUCUGUUUGUUUGUUGUUGUUUUUUUUUUAAACCACCUGCCUUAAUUUAUUCAUUUGUUCUUCCACUUGUGAAUGUGUAAUUAAACUGAAGUCCAAAGGGUCCAGAAGUGACCCGACCAGCAUCGCGGCAUCAAUCCAACACCGUAGCGCAGGCUCGGGCUUUCCGACAGGACCCUAUAAUAUCCGGAUCACCACAAACGAUGCCCCGUCGACAUGUCACCCGUAUCGUCGUAUCGCUUUCCUUAUUUAUUUAUUUAUUUUUUAAAAUUACAAUUUGAUGAUGAAUCGGUGCGAAAAUGAUCUUUAAGCAAGUAUAUAUAUAUAUAUAUAUAUAUAUAUAUAUAUAUAUAUAUAUAUAUAUAUAUUUCACGAUGAUUAAAUAAAAGACCGUUAAGCCUAUUUCUAGACAUAUUUACUCAUUUCUGUUCUGUUGGCAGAUCAUUUAGCGUCUUUCUAGAAAUAAACGAAUAAGCAAAAUGAUCCGCUAACGGAAUACGAUUCCAAGCAUGAGUCGGAUUGUUAAGAAGUAGGUUCACUGGUCGUAUAUUUGUUUAAAAACAUUCUAAUAAAGAGAAAUAUGAGUUGGCUGUAUUUAUUACGAUAUCUGUGCUGGCUGUGAGGUCUUUUUUCGGAGUGUUGAUAUUUAAAAUUUUGUUCUGAAA